GUCAACACGACACUACCACCCUCUCUACUUACACAAUUCAAGCAGACACCAACAAACAAUCACUCUCGCACGCCCUCAAACUAAGCAUCAACACAUCAUCCCUCACAUCCGCGCAACCUCAAGCCUUGAACACAGCCAACAGAAAGGGCACGACCCAACCAAACCACCAACCAUGGCACCCAAAACCAUCGAACAAGCCGAAAUCGAGAAAUACUGGGAAAUCUUCGCCUCCCUCAGCAAUGGCGGUACCCAUCUCACCGGCUCCCAAGCAGCGCCCGUGCUGAAGAACAGUCAAUUGAGAGAUGAUCAGUUAGAGCGGAUCUGGGACCUGGCGGAUGUGGAUAAUGACGGGAAUUUGGAUUUCGAGGAGUUUUGCGUGGCGAUGAGACUUAUUUUUGAUUUGGUUAAUGGGGUAUGUUUAAUGCUUGAGUCCGGAAAUGUGGAAUGGAGGACGAAGGGAGGAGAAGGGAGUUUGGGAAUGGAGGGAAUGCGAUUGAGUAAGGCUGACGAAUUUUGUUUUCUUGUGAUAGGAAUAUGCGGAUGUACCUGCUGUACUACCGGAUUGGCUGGUCCCGGAAUCGAAGGCGCAUUUGGUGCAGGCGAAUAAGGCGUUGAUGGGAAGACAGGUUCAAUUUGAACAUGUGGAUGAUGAUGAUGAUUCUCCGGGUCUCAAGGAUGGUUUCGAUUGGUAUAUGAGUCCGCAGGAUAAGUCGAAAUAUGAUGAGAUAUAUUCUGCGAAUCGGGAUGGAAGGGGAGAUAUUACUUGUGAGUUUUCUUGCUUCUGGCGGGGUUGAUUGAACUUGGGCUAAUAUGGUAUACAGUUGAAUCUCUAGAUACCCUAUACUCCUCCCUCGACGUACCGGACACCGACGUUCGCAGCGCGUGGAAUCUCAUAAACCCAAAACAAUCACAAGCAAUAUCUAAAGACGCCUGUCUAGCGUUCCUCCAUAUACUCAACAACAGACACGAAGGCUUCCGAAUUCCUCGAACAGUCCCUCCUUCUCUGCGAUCAAGUUUCGAGCGCAAUCAAAUCGAUUACCAAAUCGAUAACCAACGCACAGCUUCCCCAGCGCAAAAAUGGGGUACACAUGGAGGUGAAGAAACAAGCUCGGGCAAGAAAGCGAAAUUUGGAGAGACAUACCUAAGUCGCAUCGGGGUGGGUGGAAAGAGUAGUUACAGACCGGCAGGCACGGAUUUCUCCAGCACUAAAACUACGGAGGAUUGGGAGGAAGUUCGAUUAAAGAAACAACUUGCGGAACUGGAAGCUAAGAUUGAAAAAGUGGAGUCGGCGUCGGAAAAGAGACAUGGUGGAAGGAGAGAUACGAGACCGGCGCUGGUAAAGAGAGAAUUGGAGCAGUUGUUGGAUUAUAAAAGGAGAGAAUUGAGGGAUUUGGAGAGUGGGGAGGGGAGGACUAAGGUGGGUGCGGGAUUGAAGGGAGUCAGUGAUGAGAUUGAGACUGUGAGGGAGCAGGUUGAGGGAUUGGAGGCGCAUCUGAGGACGAGACAGCAGGUUUUGGACGACUUGCAGAGGGAGAUUGAGAAUGAGAAGACUGCGAGAUAAUGAAAAUAGCCGAGGGUAUCCAUGAUGGAAUUGGGAAUGGGAAUGGAGUAGUGUAUGGUAUAGUACAUAGAAGGUUGAUGCAUUACACAAGGCCAAUUGUACAACUGGC